AUGAAUCGUAUCUCGAAAACGAAACUCAACGAUUUGUUAAUAAAGGAUUUCAGUGCCGAAAGCGCCAACCUAAUUCGGCCCUUCAUUCCAUACCUUCUAUACGGCUCACUACCGGUAAAUGCAACGUCUGCCUCCUACCGUUAUUUGCAUACGAUUCUAAGUAGUAGAAAUUAUACGCACAAAGAGUUUUUACAAAAAAUCUCACCCGACUGUGAGAGUCAAUUGUUACGUUGUAAAAUUCAUGGUCAAAUACAACCCUGUAACGCGCUUUUUCGCCGCGUGGAAACACAGAAUGGCUUUUGUUGUGCCUUUAACUUUGAUGACGUCAUUAAUGGAAAUCAAACAGCGGAAGAAUUAAAUAUACACAACAAUCGUUUUGGCUAUAAGUGGGGUCUGACCGUGCUGCUUGAUCCACAGGUGGAGGAUUACUAUGCGUCUCGAAAUAAAUUUGCCGGCUAUCAGAUAUACGCACGUUCUGCAACCGAUUUCAUCAGUAUUAAUCAACCAAAUGAAAUGGUAUUUGCAGGCAGUGAGAUUCAUGUUCAUAUAACACCAGGGCUCACUCAAGCCGCGGCCGCUGUGAAGUGGCAUGAUCUACACCUGCGUCGUUGCUAUUUGCCGAAGGAACGUAAAUUGCUUAUAUUUGAUGUUUAUUCACAGCAAAAUUGUUUUGCGGAAUGCCGCAGUCGAAGAAUGGUGAAGAUCUGCGGUUGUGUGCCUCCAUUAUGGCCUCGUGCCCACAAUUGGACCGUUUGCACUUUGUUGCAGGCGAGCUGUGUGAUGUCUCAAAUUGACACAGUUAUGAGAACAAUUCAUCAUAGCGGUAAGGAUUUUAAACUGAAUCCAAAGGCUGAAAGAUAUAUUUGUAAAUGUUACCCAAAAUGUGAGUUUUUGAUGUAUAAAACGGACUUCGAUGCCGCAACCUUGGACAGAAACUAUUCGAUAAAUGCUCCAGAUUUCUACCGCGGCAUUAAGUUGAAAAAUCAUUUGGUGGUACAUGCGUUCUACGCCGAUAUGUGUAAUGACUAUAUGCGACUAGAUGUUCACUAUCAGUUACUAAAUUAUUUUGGGUUAUUCGGCGGCAUAACCGGUUUAUAUAUGGGUUACAGUUUCAUUUCUGGCUUUGAAAUAGUAUUCUUCCUCAUCGUACUACCGCUGGGUAAUCUGCUAACGAGGAUAAGUAAGCGACGACAAGCUACAACAAAACAAACGGAAUUGAAAAAGAGUCAAUUACCCAUGAGAAAGUAAU